AUGUGCCCCCUCCCAAGGACAGGAGACAUUGAUGACCAGCUUUUCAAACAAGGUCUUCAAACAUGUAGGUGGAAAGCCAUGUGAAGAGUUGCAUGACCUGGACAAAGAUCUUUGCUGGAUCCCAAUCUAAAAUUUAAUCUUGAGGAUCUUAGCAAAGAUCUUUUUCUGUUCUUGAGGAUCUUGGAGGAUCCUAACAAAGGACUUUGCAAGGAUUUUAAUGAGAAUUGGAGGAUCUUUAUCUCUACAGACUUAGGUAAUAUUGUUGCGCAUGCAGAGUUUCACCUGUGCUUUUUGAUAAAAAUACCUUUAGUUAUUGAUUAACAAAUAUGUUUAAAAAUCAUACAGCAUAUGAAGGGGACAGCCUUGAGUUUAUUCCUAUAAAAAGAGCCUCUUACAAACUGUAAGAAACCACUUUUACUACAGUAAACCUUCCCUUUGAAACCAUAUAUUGUAAUCAAGGACCUCUUGGUAGUAACCCCUUUUUCAAAAUGCUCUAAGUCAAAAGAUUCUAAGUCAAAUCUAUCAGUCACUGGAACCUUCCAUAAGGGACCACCUCUCAUAAGUGACCAAUCUAAGAGAUCCUUAUUUUCAAUAUUCAUUUGUUUUUAACCUCUGGUAGGCAACCAUCAUACAGACAAUCUGAUUUAUCUCUUGCGAGUGGAAAUGGAACAUUGUCACUCAAAUUAGCUUUACCUCUUGACUGAAAUAACAAAUGAAUCAAGUUUCUUUUGUGUUAAUUGUCCCAAACAGUAUUUUCUGGGAAAUAAAUCACCAUAGAUCCUAAGAUUUUUUUUCCCUUGAAUAAGCUACUGAAAGUUAUUACUAUAACUUUCACAAAGUGCUUACAAGAUGGGCUGGUCAUUAUAGUUAUUCCUGGUAGAAGUCAACAGAUUUAAACUUUAGGUUUUACAGGUGGUACUGAUGUUUACUUUAAUCCUGCUUGUGGGUGAUUCUCUUAACAUGGCAUUUUUGGGGGUUAAAGUUAACUUGCCAACUCCUCCUUCAGUUAUAUAAAGAGUCCAGGUCCUACUACAGCACUGAUAUUUCAUUGUCAUAGCUUCAUUAGCAAUAGAGAUUGUGUCAUCUGUAAACAAUUUAAUUGAGUAUGUAACAAUGUUUGGUAUUUCAUUUAUGUAAGUGAAGAACAAGAUGGGUCCAAUGAUAGACCCUGAGGCACUCUUGUUUUUUCAGUUGACCAGUUGGGUUACAGCAUAGGCUCCACAUAUCACAACUGUCUGUUGUCUGCUCUUCAAAAAGUGGCUAAACCAAAACAAUAUAGAAUCAUCAAUGCUAUGUCUAUUGAGUUUGGGUGGUAACCACUCAUUAGGUACUUAAUAACUGGUCAAGUUGCCCAGAAGUCAUCUGGCAUAAUGUCAUUUCACCAAAAACAAGAGUAGUGUCACCCAUAAGUUUUGGUUAUGUCACUCAAAGAAACAGUGAUUUACAAGAUCAGACUUAUGGACUGUAAGUUGGCAAUAAAGUUAAGAAAUCUUUUUCACUUAAGUAGUUUUCAUUUUGGACAACACCAUGAAGACUUUGACAACACAGAAAACAAUCAGAUGGACAGAAUUGAAAUGUGUUUGGGUAAUGACUCAAAAAGGAUUGUUUGUUUCUAAUGCAGUUGUACCCAUGGACCUUUCAUACUCAGUCCUUUCAUACCCAAAUUCAGAAGAUUCAUACAUAGUUUGAGUCAGUUCAGGUAGAUUCACACUUGUCAAAACAUUUGGUAAUUGUGAAGAAGAGCUCCCCAAAAAACCUGUCGGCCGACUGUCGGUCAACUGUCGGCCGACAGGUUACCGACAGUCUACCGACAGCUAACCAACAGGUUACCGACAGGUUAAGAAAAAAGAAAAAUUGUGUUAAAAACGAACAGUUAACGUGACAUAACAAUCCGUAAUGGUAAUGUAUGACUCGACAGACUUCACCUACUUACCGAUCGACGGCAAAGUUGAAAGUAUGUAAAGAAACGUUUCUUCCAAAAUGUUGUUAUCAGAUGCGUAUAGGAUAUAUCACUUGCGUAAUUUACAACACACCAGACAAUCUAAGAAUCGCAUUGGAAGAUAAUUUAAUCGAAAACUCGGCCAAAAACUCUGAUAACCAUAAGCUACGUAUCAAUACAAACACUUUCGUUCAAAUCGCCCAACAAUGCAACGCUGCCUCUUAUGGUAUGUUAUGUAUGUAUCAAUGAUGUUUACCUUGUGCAUUUGUGUUGCUAACAUCGUCCUCUAUCUUGCAGGUUUGGGAUGAAUUGCUAUUUCCAAUUUCAAGUUUAAUAAAUGAUACAACUGUGAAUCUUUUUACUCGUUAUGUUAAGUAAUAAAUUACUAUACGCAAUAAUUCGAUAAUUAGACUUGGAUGCGUGAUGCGAUAAUUGAUUUAGGCGCGCGUCGCUAAAAUCACGAUUCUAAGAGUAAAGUAUCUUGUAUAUUUCACCACUCACAAAACGGCUCCUUUAGGAGCCACCAAAUUUUGAAAGUCAAUUGUCAACGUAUUACACAUGUUGGAUGUUGUAUCAAGCGAAAACCGAGAGAAAACAUUAAGGUUUGUGUUAACGUUUCACGGACAAGCUACCGACAGGUUACCGACACAUUACCAACAGUCGGCCGACUGUCGGCCGACUGUCGGUCCACUGUCGGCCGACAGGUAGCCUAUAUUUCGGGCAAAACCUGUCGGCCGUCUGUCGGCCAACUGUCGGCCGACCGUCGGCCGACAGACGACCGACUGUCGGCCGACAGUUGACCGACAGUCGGCCGACAGGUUUUUUGGGGAGCUCUUCUUCACAAUUACCAAACAUUUGGUGUUGAUCAAAACUGUGGUAAAAAGAUGUCAAUUCCUGUUCAUGACAAGAAAAUAAAAACUCGAGUGAGUAAGUUAGAAAUAAAUGAUAUGCCAUUUUUACAUGCAGUGGAAAAUUGUGAGACAUAAGUCAGGAUUUUGGCCAACAUAUUUGCAGUAGAGUUAAUUCCAUUUAGUUUAGAAUUUCAGAUCAUAGGUUGAUUUAAGGUGGUACCGAAGGCUAAAUUCAUUCAAUUAUGUUUCAAAUAUUUGCAGACAGAUUAUGUGGAGGGACUUGAACUUUCCACAUGUGAUAUAUAUGACUCUAUACAUAAUCUGAGAAAAAACCUUUUAUUUUGUUCAGUGCCAAGAAAUUUGUGGAAUUUGAUGAAAUUAAGGGAUGUGUUCAAAAGGCCUUUUUGUAGAAAAACUUCCCUGAAUUCCAAGCUACUUUUAAUACUACUCAAAAUGGUUUGGCUCAUACACAAAGAUGAAGGUAAUAAAGAUUUUCAGCAAAGUCUGUUGCAUAGGCAUAGUAGAAAUGAUGCUUUUUUAAUGUUUACUUUAUUCCCUUGCAAAUCACGAAAGUGGUUCAGGGUCGAUUGGAGGAAAUAGAACGGUGGAAACUAAAGAAAAAUAGAUUAAAUGACAAAUGAACAUAAUCGAUGACUAAAAGGAAGCUCAGGACAAAAUUACUUACAUUCUGUGCCACACGAAGUCGAAAAAGACAUUACAAAAUUCAAUGAAUUGCUACAAACACGUGUGAGAAAACUCACUUUUUUGUUUUUUAUUUUUUUAAUUUUUUUUUCAAAUAUUUUUUGUCAUAUGACCAAAUGUAGGACUAUGUAAACGACACAAGGUGUCCAAAAGAAAGAAAACCUAAACCAUGACCAAAAAAAAUGUCACAUCCUAGUUUCAGUCUCAACACAGUCUGCCACGCAAAAUUCAAUUCUGACAACUUUAUCCUCAAGAAACAAGAAUUAAUUAAGGCUGCUAUCCGAUACCUUCUCAUCAGGACAAUUUUUGGCAGAUCAAGGUGGACUGUUCUGUAGAUUUUCUCACCUGAUGCCUUCCACAUAAUAACAUUAAGAAUUGUCGUUGAAGUGUAUUCAAUUUUUUUUUUCAAUGUGAUUUUCUGCUCUUAGUUCCAGCAGAUAUCAAUGAAAUUAGCAGUGAACAAACUGUUCAUGAAGGGGACAACUUGCAGUUAACAUGCAAAGCAUCCGGUAAACCAGAACCAAACAUCACCUGGACUAAAGAGAAGACAGGGAACCAAGGAAAUACUGGUGUGUUACAAGAAGGAAAGGUGCUGACUAUAAAAAAAAUUAGCAGGAAUGAUUCAGGAACUUUCAACUGUACAGCAUAUAAUGGUUUUGGUGAAGCAGAUAGCCAAACAGUUUAUGUGAAUGUCACUUGUGAGUAUGCAUUGAAAAAACUCUAACUAUGGUGCUAAACAGAUAGGUAGUUUCUAUUUACUUUUUUGUUGUAAUGUGUGCUGUCAUUUACUUGGAUUGAUGUGUGGCUUACAUCCAGGUAUUCAGAAGUUUUCACUUGCCUCUCAUAGCCUAAACUGUAAGUGUGCUUAGAAGCUAUACUGCUCCAUUGUUUGUACAAGCAAAAAUGAGCUCAAAUAUUUGAAGUAUCACCUCUGUUGCUUUGGGAGUGUAAAGGGAUUUGGACAAAAGAUUAGUUGAUGAAUGUAGUCAUUUAAAUUCAUUGUAUUUGAAGCUCAGACAAGUAAACAUACAUUCAUGAAUGCAAGAAGAUCACCUAAUUGAUGUUACAUGCACACACGUGCUGUAGGAGAACUAUAUUCACACACAUGUAAAUCAAUUCAGCUUACAGAACAAGAGACUAGAUGAACAAUUACCUCUUUGAUGUACUUUUUAGCCAUUAGUGACAAUUUACUCACUGCAUAUUUGUUUUUAUGCUGUUUUUUAAAUCUGAUUUUUAUUUUCCAAAUUGAUGUACAGAUCCACCCAAUAUUGUUAAAUUUCAAACCAAUUAUUUUGUUGGUGUGCAACAAAGUGUAACUCUUAACUGUGAAGCAGAAGGAAACCCUCCGCCUACUUGCACUUGGAUUCCAUGUGACUCAGAUCAAGUUUGUGACAAGAAUACUCUUCAUACUUCACAAGUCUUUAAUGAUGCCAACUAUACCUGCAGAGUUGCCAAUGCACUUGGAGUUGAUUCAAAAACUGCUAAUGUUUGUAAGUCAAAUGUACAUUGUAGUCAUGCACUUGAAUUUGAAAGCAAAAAGUUCACUUUGAUAUCAGCAACUGAUUUAAUUUUCCCCUACAUUAUUUUGCUUCAUUAUAAGAACAUUUUCAAAAUUUUACCAGACUGUUUCUCUUGUUCAUGCUUAGAAACAAGGACAACAACACAAUUUUUCAUUUUACAAGCAAUCAACACAAUCCACCAAUGAGAAAUGCGAGGAGAAUUUGACCAGUUCCCAGGAUCAUAUAGGCUAUGGCAGAAACUUGUAACAAGCCACUUACUGAAUUGUCUCUGAGGUUAAAUGAUCUUAGAAUGAUCCUAAAGUUUUCACAAAACCCUGGUUUUCAAAUGGAAUACCUGUAUCAAUAGAAAGAUUGAGCAAAUCCCUUAGUAAUAAUUUUUCUCCUACUUCACAGACGUUGGAGGAAAUGUGAUUAACAUAACUAUUGUCAUCACAAGUGAAACAUGUAUAGAUGAAAAAUUCAAGCAAUUCUUAUUACUGGAGAAAUUUAAAGAACUGGUAAUUUAAUGUACAUAUAACUUAGAUAUUGCCAUCAACGCUAUUAAAUAAACCUAUACUAGUUUACAUAGGAGGAAUUUUUUCCCACAAGUAAACUGUGUGCUUGUGUUUAACGUCACUUGAUCUGUUUAAUUGUUAAUUAUAGUUGUCACUGAGUGUUGGUUACUUCAGGGUCAAAGACUGGUGUGCUAGCUGUAUAAUGAUUAAUAGGAAAUUUGGCUGGUGGAGAAUGUGAGGAGAAUAUUUCAUUUAAUUCUACAGUGUUUCUUGAUUGCAUUGAUUGCAUCUUGAUUGUUUCCUAGAUUGCAUGCAGUUUGUCAGAGUUUUGUUAAAUCUUGAACUUGAAAAGCUUGUCACAAUCUUCUUAUUAUUCAGUGUUUACUCAUGGUCUUUAUUCAGGGCAUUAAGAGGCCUGGUGCUUUCUUUUCACAUUAAAAUAUGAGGCAAGUGACAAGAAGAAGAACAAUUUUUCAUUGAAGUAUCACUUUAAAGAAACCACUGAUUAAUACUUAGAGACUGAUUCUCAGCAAAACAGCCAUGUUCAAUUUAAUAGAUAAUACUUGGUGUCUUCCUCAUUUGUUCUUACGUGUCAUACAUAAACCAUAACAUUUUAAGAUAAAUGAUUAAAUUGCUUACUUGUACUUGCAGCUUGAGGGGGCUUUUGCUGAUAAACUGGGCUAUGAAGGAGUGCAGUUGAUAGGUGUUAAGUAUGUGAAUUAAUGGGAUUUAGAAAUUUUAUUAUUUGCUCUUUUGUUAUCUCUUUCCCACUUCAUGUCACUCUAACCCUCAGUCUAUGUUUGUCCCAAGGUGUGGAAGUAUCAUUGUUGACCUUGCACUGAAGUUCAACUCCACUAAAAGGGAACAAGAUGUUAUCACAACACUUAAUGACGCUGUAAAAGAUGGAAAGCUGGGAGAGUUCAGAGUUGGUGCCAUAAAAGGGAAGAGACCUGAUCUGGAACCAACAGGUGGAGGUGUCACAUCACCACUUGACGUGUCCUAUGGGGGUAAGUCCUCAUAACACUUCAUACAAAAGUUUUGUCAGUUGAUUAGGGAAUGUCAUUGCCCUUUAGUUGGUUGGAAGCGUAGUUUUUUCGGUGGGAAUAAAGUUUUUUGAAAGUUAUUGUAUUUAACUCAAAAUUGGUACUGUAGCAGGUUUAUACAGAGAUUUGGAAACUUGGUGUAUAAUGGUAAUGAUAACAAUGACUACCACAACCAGCCCCAACUUGAGCACUAAUAGGACAGUGAAUGCAUCAUGUACGUGCGCUUUUGUUGUGCAUUUCGUCAAGUUAACAGUUGAUUUCUAUGCAAACAUGUAACAAAUGCUUAAUAUGUUUCCAAUAUCUCCUGCUUUAUGUUUACUUAAAUUCACUUUUGCUCGGUAGUUUUAGAACAUGGUUCAUUUACAUCUUUUUUUCUGAGAUGGUAAAUAGGAAAAAAUGUGUGGCCCACAUGAGUCCAAACAAAUAGCAGCCAUGCUUAUUUUCCUUAAAUUAAUCGAGUGUAUUUUUGUAGAAUCUUCAGAGCUUCCAAAUGGGACGAAAACAGGUAAAGCAUUUUUUAAUGACAAAUACCGGACUUUGUAAAUGUUCAGCAACGAGUAACUUAAUCUGAUUUAGUACUCUCUAGACACCUAUGACUUUUAGUUUCCUAAAAAUAAUAAUUGAAAAAAAAAAACGAUUAGUGUCCAACUGAAUCAAGCUUUAAGUUUUGAGUCUGAGGACAAAAUUUUGCUUGUGUUACAUACCAAACACUCUUACAUCUUUCUGUUGCAGGGAACAAUUUUGUAGCUUAACUUUUAAUGACCUUUAAAUAUUUGUAAUGGUGACAGAUUAUAAUCUUGGUUUUCUCUUUUUUCUGUUUCAUUUUGUCUGUGCAACCAACCCUGGGCGCGGAAAAAGGUGAGAUCUGACUAUGCCCCAUUUUAUGUAAAAGAUUAAGGAGUGGGCGGCUCUAUCUUAUUUUUGCUGUGGAUAACUAAUCGGAAGUUGUAGUUUAAGAGCUUGUGAAGAGGGAAGAAAUAUUCAAUAUUAAUUAUUCGGUACUUUUUUUAACCUUGCAAGAGUAGAGUUUGUAUCCCCAUCUUUUUCUGAACGAGUACUUAAUUACGCAUUGCAGCUUGUUAAGUUCCAUACAUGUAAUGAAUUGUUAAACACAAAAUUGUGGCAAGAAGAUAAACUGAGUUCUGACUGAAUUCCAAAUGUUUCCUCACCAUAACAGGAGUACAGAGGCAGAUUCUUUAUGAUAAGAUCAUGGAUAAAAGAUUUUCUGACGUUUAUCACGCAUUGUAGGUACCAUAGGUAUUGUUGUUGGUGCAGUGUUUGGAUCAGUUGUUGCACUGGUUGUUGCUGGAAUAUUAGUUUGGUGGAAUUGCAGGAAAAAGAGGCACAACACAAAAGGCAUUGAAGGUAAGUUUUGCACAUAUGUUUUGCUCUCAAAUGAACACUAGUUUUGGCAUCCUAGAUAUAUAUCUUUAACACAAUUCCUUUCUUCUAGGACUAAGUGUAAUGUUUAGUUCACUAUCCGCUGAGUUAUGAUCUUUGCUGAAGCUAUUUCUAUAUUUUUAACAGAUAACUUUUAUAACACUGUAUUGUAAACUAAUAAUUUGUUUUGCUGUUCUCUACUUUGUGGUUAGCCAGUUACAGUUAACAGACCUCGCAUGACGUUUGAACACUUUAAGACUCAACUUAAUGCACAUAAAACAGACUUGACUUUGCUUGUGAGAGAUAAAUUUUGCUUCAGGUUGAUUAUUUAUUGUUUUGUUUUGUUUCGGUUUGCUUUUUAUUUUUCUGUUUUGUUUUCUUUUUUUUACCACAGAGGCGGCGAUGAGUGGAAGGUGAGACUUUUUAACGAAUUGUUGCUCUUUACUUACGUUCUUCCUUUAUGGCUCGAUCGUUUUAACAAUUUUAACAGCCCUGUUUUCCAUGUGAAUGUUUGUGAUUGAUCAAAUUACCACUAACUUUAAGGCACUCUUGCGCAGUAGUGAUACCGCUAUACACUUUUGGACGAUAAAUUUAAUAGUUGCCACUUAUACAAUAACCGACAUUUUAAUGAUCUGUAAAAAAAACUGGAAAUAAAAAAAAAACAAAAACAAGAACAGCAGCAACUUUUAAGUGUAUUUAGGUUAAGUGUAUUAUCUGUGUGCGUGCGUGUGUGUGCGUGUGUAUAUAUAUAUAUAUAUAUAUAUAUGUAGAUAUAUAGAUUGAUAGAUAGAUAGAUAGAUAGAUAGAUAGAUAGAUAGAUAGAUAGAUAGAUAGAUAGAUAGAUUGAUUGAUUAAUUGAUUGAUUUGUUACUAGAACUCUCAGGCUAACAAAGGUGCACCACACCAGGAGGAUCAAUAAAGAUUCGCAGUCCAAACCUCACAGCAAAUACGAACGUAGAGAGUUAAAAAAAAUGCGAGGAUGGACAACUUCUGACGUACAAAAAAUAAAUUAAUUAAUAAAAACGUUUCGAUCAGAGACCUUCUUCAGUUAUUUACAACUUUUGAAUGAAAAACCGCUUUAAAUAAGAUCGAGGUGCUAGUGAUUACGUAAUUACAGGUGACAACUGAUGAAUAAGAUACAAAAUCGCGUGAAAGAGCGGAAAGUGGUGUUAAUAAAAAGAUGACAAAAACAAAAUCAACAAAGCGAAAAAAUACUUGUUGAUUUUGUUUCUAGCACCUCGAUCUUAUUUAAAGCUCUUUUUUAUUCAAAAGUUGUAAAUAACUGAAGAAGGUCUCUGACCGAAACGCUUUUAUUGAAUUUUUUAUCUCUUUUACGUCAGAAGUUGUCCAUCCUCGCAUUUUUUUAACUCUCUACGUUCGUGUUUGCUGUGAGGUUUGGACUGCGAAUCUUUAUUGAUCCUCCUGGCGUGGUGCACCUUUGUUGGCCUGAGAGUUCUAACUGAGUGGAUCCAAUACGGUCUGUAAUCAUUCGAGUGAUUUUAAAAAUCGGACGACCGCAGGGCAGGAGUCCGAUUUGAUAAUUACAAGGUAAUCAAAAGUUGGACAUAAUUUAAGAAACUAUUAAAAAACAACGGGUAGCUCAAUGAAGUACACGACAUCAGCGCACGCACAUGACACGAACUAUUCAAUAACUCAGCCCAUGAACAAGCAUGACGAUUACACUGUGCUAUUAGUGCCCAAAUUGAGCUUGUGAUAACCAAUCACGUUCGCGAAUUUUUAUAGUUUUGAUUAUUAUUACUAUUAUUAUCAUUCUUGUUAUCUUUGCCAUUAUCAAUAUUAUCAUUAUCAUCAUUGCUCCAAAAGUAUUCUUUUACAGUUGUAGGUUACUGUUGAGGUAGUGUCUAUGGUUGACAAAUUUGUAAAGCCUUGAGAAAGAAAUUUUAGUUAAUCUGACCUUAAUACUGUUAUUGUUUACCAUAUAUUUAGAAGGUUGAUAAGGAUAAAGUCUGUGUUUCUUCGGUCUCAGGAAAUCACUCUGAGUACAUGAUAUUUGUCUCCACUGCUCGUAACUAGGGAAAAUGAAACUUUCAAUACUUAAAUGCAGAGGAUGCGAAACCCUCUCUGGCUAUUAAAAUAAACGUUCCCUUAAGAUAAUCACAUAUAUGAAGCUUAGGGCAAGUCUACCCUGCUCAUAAGGUCUGACUGUAGGGGAAGGGUAUAGCUACAGGUAGGCUAUGACUGUAGCUGAGCCUUUAUCUGGUUUCCAGCAGCUUUUCCGACUGGACUAAGCUGUCUGGUAAGUUUUCUGUUAUUUAGGAUCUUGCUGUUAGAGAGAAUUGGGUUUGUUUUGUAAUAUAUUUGAUUUGCUGUUUCAGAACAUUUGGAAAUUCAAGUAAUGAAACAAGAGGAAGUACCGAUGUAGGUUAUGUGAUGAAAUCUUAUACCUUCAUAUAUAGAGACAUUUUCCUGUAGUCCUAGGUGUGUUUUGUUUUUAUGUCGCUGUCUUUACUGAGUCUUCCCACUGCAGUUUACAGUUUACCCGAACCCAGAAAGCUAUGAUUGAUACAGAUUUUUAAGUCGACUAUUCAUUGGUAUUUUCGAGUAAGUCUUAGUAAAUAGUGUUUUUUUUUUCAUAAAACACCUGGUUUGAAGAUUUGAAAUACUUUCUAAGCAAGUUGGGUUGUUUAUCAUCUUUUAUUGAAUUGAAAACAAUUUUGUCUUUAAGAUUGCAGUCGAAUUGCAUACUUGUAAACCUUCUCAAAGCCAUUACAUGGCACUGGAUGACAGAACUUGUUCACAAUUGAUGGCAGAUGCCAGCCCACUCAGCACUGAACAAAUCAGUGAGUACGCCUCUCUUAACCCGUACACACGCUCCUGGGAGACUCUUAGAGAACAUGUGACGAUAAACCAGAUUAUUGGAAAAGGUGCUUUUGGUCAGGUUGCCAAGGCAACAGCCGUUAACCUACGAGGAAAAGCCAAGAAGACGCUCGUAGCAGUUAAAAUGUUGAAAGGUACCAAGUCAUGUUUUCCUUGGUCGUUGAACUGACUUAGAAGUCUGUUCAAAUUGUUCCGUUUUGUUUUAUAUUGUUUUAUUGUGAUUUUAACCAUAUGCUUCUGCAUAAUUUCCAAGUUCCCUACUAGAGUAAUCGCACUCUAUAUGACCAGUCCACAGUUAUGUCCACAGUUAUGUCCAUAGCUUAAAGCUUGUUCUACUUGAUGUAGCGAUGGAUUUUAAGAUGCAAUGUAAAUAUACCUACUUAAAUAAUAGCUACAUUUUAGAGCCUCGGCGCUUUACGUUGACGAAGAAAAGCACCUUAAGUGUGAUGUACGGUAGAGUCGAAUGAUGUCUCUUUAUCUAUCUAUCUAUCCGUCUGUCUGUCUAUCUGUCUAUCGAUCUAUCUGUCUGUCUGUCUGUCUGUCUGUCUAUCUAUCUAUCUAUCUAUCUAUCUAUCUUUCUAUCUAUCUAUCUAUCUAUCUAUCCAUCUCUCUGUCUGUCUGUCUGUCUGUCUGUCUGUCUGUCUGUCUAUCUAUCUAUCUAUCUAUCUAUCUAUCUAUCUUUCUAUCUAUCUAUCUAUCUAUCUAUCUAUCCAUCUCUCUAUCUGUCUAUCCGUGUGUUUGUUUGGAGCAUAUUUAUUCGUAAACUUUCACAUUUAACCAUUUCCAAUUUAUUCGAGUUCAUUCAAGUCCUUUCAUUUUAAUGAGUCAAAAAUGUAUGAAAACCAUAGUUGCUUUUUGAAUAUAUUUUGCUUGUUACUUGCUUUCUUCAUGCACCUGCAUGUCAGCACUUUCGUUAUUUAUUACAUGGUUUUUUUUAGGUAAAUAAAAGUGUUAACGGUCUUUCUGGAAAAAUUGGUUUUCAUGGUAGUUAGCAGCUGAGUUUAUACUCGUAACUUUAAUUUCUUUUCAUACGAUAGUUUCCACACCAACUUUGCAUAGAUAGGCAGAAACUUUUAAUUGCUCUUCCGUUUUUAUUUCCCAAGCUGCACUACUGCAAUUAAGAUAGGUAUUAUUUUCUAUACCAGAACUGUGAAUUCGUACCUAGGUUUCCUAUUUUUAAUGGCCUCGAGUUUAUUGUAUCCGUCCUUUUAAUUUUGAGAUUAUUUUCGUCGUAGAAACAGAUGGAAUAUCUAAGUAGUGUUCGUUUAACUUCAAAGAGACUUUUUUCCGCUCCUUAGUGUCCUUAUUCAAAUAUUGCGAUUUGUGUAACAAUAGCACCUCACACCAGUUAGUUCUUAAGCAAGUACCUUGUGCAGCUUUGAUGAUUACAAACUUGAGUACGCUAAAGGUCAUGUCGCUUGUUGACCUAACCUAGAAUAUAAGUCUACUGUGGAACCAAAACGCUAUCUCAUCCUUGACGUUCGUACAAGCUCACUCGAAGUAGAUCUCCGUGUACCAGGAAAUCGUGACGAGUUUCCGUUCUCGUAAGCUGAUUGGUCUCUACCGAGUUGAUUCCCCCCGUUUGUACGUUUCCCGCAAGUUCAGUCUAGAGUGCUAUAUAUCGGUCUCUCUAUCCAUCUAUCAAUCAGUCUGUAUGUCAGUCUAUCUAUUCUAUCUAUCUCUUCUUCUAUCUAUCAAUCUACCUGUCUAUUGAUUUAUCCAUCUGUCUACGUUUCCUAAUAUUAUGUUACAGUGUAACGAUAUUAUUGUGAUUCAUUUGAAAUGUUAUUCAACAGUAAUUGAUCCGAAUAUCCUGUUGCAGAAAACGCUUCUGAAUCAGAGAGAAAGGAUUUGCUGUCUGAACUUGAAUUGAUGAAACAACUUAGACCUCAUCCUUACGUUAUCAAACUUCUGGGAUGCGUUACCAAGUCUGGUAAGUACUGAAAUGUUUAUUAUCAGCUGUGGUUACAGACAAACAAAUUAGGUUUUAAAGUAUAGAUAAGAUUCGUUUUUCUCGGGAUGUUGGUGAUUUAGCAUAAGAUAUCUUUCCUCUUAAUUUAUAUAGCAUACCGUAAUAAUUUGAUUUUGCGCCCGAGGCGCUUAUUUACUUUUGGUAGGUAAGGGGAGGGUGCUUAUUUGAAAAAGGACGGUAAUCAGGGACAGGGCGCUUAUUUUUUUUCUAAGAACCAACAGAGUGUGCAAAACAAAGCUUUAAAUGAAUAUUUAUUUGAAAAGGAUAAAAAAAUGUUGUUUUUCCUACAUCCUUCAAAGAACAAAGAGAGAAGCAAACGCGGCAAACAUUUUAUUCGUUUGAAAGAACUGUGUUCUCGCAUGGACAUAAUAGUUGAGACACUGAGAGGAAGCUCACUGCUUUUGUAAUGAGGCCACAUGUGGAGAAUAAAACGAAGAUGAACCACGGUUGAUCUCAAAGUACAUGUACUCUAACAGUGCUAUCGCUGAAACGGAAGAGGGACGCUUAUUGGAAUGAGACUGCUUAUUGGAAUAAGGGUGCUUCUAAAGAAGAAAAAACAAAUUCGAGGGGGGUGCCCUUUAAAGAGGGGGCGCUUAUUGAGUACAGUACUCAACAUUUUACACUUUGAUAGGGUAUCCAGUCGUUUCGUAAAAAGUAACUGUCUUGAAAUCAAUUCUCAGAGUGUCACUCUCAUGGUACCUUAUUUACUCGAUUGAGUAACCACCAUUCGCCCUAUCAUUUCAUUAUCCAUUAUUUCCAUUUCUGUUAACUUUUGAAAAAAUCGGCUGACCGACGCCUAAAGCUUGGGCAUAUUAUAUUCUUGCGUGCACGUGUGAGGUCUCGAUAGAGUUUAUAUGACAGCAAAGAAGUAGUCACAGUUGUAUACUGUCCGCUGAAUAGCAGUGUGUGUAUUAUCAAUAAGUGAGAAAUAAGAUCAGCAAAAUUUACUGGUGGACCAAGAAUGGACCGAUCUUCAGAGCGGGCGGACGCAACUUUUUAAUGUCUCCGAGUCUUUCGCUCAAAAUGGCUUAAGAACUUCCCCAGACGCCAAAAGCACUAAUUAUGACAGACCAAACGGGGAACAACGUUCCAGAGACAGGUCGAAAGAGGGCCAGGAGAAAAGAAUCAGACUCACAAACCGAAGAUAAUGAAAGCUGCGGCGGUUUUCGCAAUAUGGCCGACACUUUUACCGAGAUGAACUGUAAAAUUGACCUGGUUCUGGCGCGGAUGGAAGAAAUUGACGCGAUUAAAGAAAAGCAAAAGCAGUUGGAUAAAGUAAGUUCCGAGCUGGGAAAAAGCCUCGAGUUCGCUCACGAGUCUAUCAAAAUUCUGACCGUACAAGUUGACGCGUAAGCAAAGAUGAUCUGUGAGCUCGAGAAAGGUGUGAACAACUUGACAAAAAGUGCCAGCUUUUAGAAGGAACGCGCAAUAAAAUUAGAGACCCAUAGUCGGAGAAAUAAUUUGAUAUUUUUUGGUAUUCCUGAAGAAGUGAAGGAAACAAGCGCCAAGACCGAAUCGCUGCUUUACUCCUUUCUAGGAGACGAACUGAAGUUGAAAGAAGACGACAUUGACGGAAUUUGAAGAGAACGUGCUCAUCGACUUGGUAAACGAAAUGUAAAUGGUGAGAAGCCGCGCCCGAUCAUAGCAAAGUUUAGUUUCUACAAGAAUAAAUAAUUCAUACUAUCUAACACUCUUAUUCUCGCUGGAACAGUUUUCGGAAUUUCACAAGAUUUCCCCCGAGAGAUUGUGGAAGUACGAAGAGGCUUAGUGUAAGUCUUAAAAGAAGCAAAGAAAGAGGGGAGCGACGCCAAAUUGGUGUAUGACAAAUUAUACAUCAACGGUCAGAGAUACCACGAUCAUGAACAGACAACUUUGUUAAUAACGAGAAUACUCUUAUGACAAGAGGCUCGACAUUUCUUCACCGAAAGACGUGCUUUGGCUUGUCUUGGAAACUUUCUCAAUCAAAGUGUGUCUUUUAAGGUUAAUGUAAUUGGGUUUGUUACAGAUGCAUAUUUGUUUAGCCAUGUUUAUAUUUCUUUUGUGUUCCUAUUUUGGUGUUCAGGGUAUCUAGUGGGAAAAUCUUUUAUGUAUGAAACCCAACUAGUUUAUUUAAGUUUCAGUAGAGCUUCCAAUGUCUAACAUACGAGGCUUGGGCAACAAUGAAAAACGAACAGAAAUUUUUCAGUGGUUAAGAAAGAAAAAGUUUUCUAUUUACAUGCUGAAAGAGGUUCAUUGUACUGAAAGCUCCUUUGAGACUUGGGCCGCUGAAUGGGGCUAUGAAGCUUUUUUCAGUGGCCUUGCUAGUAACAAAGCAGGUGUCACUAUCCUCUUCAAUAACGACUUUACCUUCAAGGUUUUGAGGUAAAUAUGUGAUAAGGAAGGAAGGUACAUUAUUAUUGAUUAAGAAGUCGGUGAGCUAAUCUUAACCAUCUGUAAUAUUUAUACCCCUAAUGAAGACGACCCUAUUUUCUUUCAAAAUGUACGUGAACAAAUGAUAAUGUUUAGGUGUGAGGAGAUCAUUCUUAGGGGAGAUUUUAAUCUUGUUAUGGAUGUCACAAAGGACAAAAAGGGUGGGAUAUUAACGACGCACCGAAAUUUCUUGAAAGUGAUUCAAAAUAUUCGAGAUAAUCUUGAAACGGACCAAUUUGGAAAUUAAACUCAUCACUAUUGGAGGAAAUGGAUUGUGUAAACAAUAUUUAAUCGGCAAUUCUUGAAACGGUCAACCAAUACGAAAGUGACGAAACAGUAGACGAAGCGUUGUUAUGGGAAAUGAUUAAGAGAGUCUCUGUAAGAGUGGUCCGGUCGAUUUUGCUUGAGGCACGGAUUUCGCUCAUUUCUUGUGUGUUCUAAGACAUUCAUGUACCUAUACUAAAACUACAAUCCGUUUGAUCGGAUCUCUUUAUUUUUCAGAGUUUUACGGAAAUCAAAUUUCACUCGAGCGAAGGCUUGUCGCGACACUUUUCAAGACUUUAAUUUAAGACAACUUUGGAGGACAAUUUACAAAAAACUACGGAACUCAGGAAAAAACAAAUACCACUGCCAUGUAUAUUAACUCUAUCUUAUCCAUCGAGGCGACUUUCGUGAACAUCACGAUUCAAUCCAUGAGGGGACGCAAAUCGUCUGCACUGUAAGUACAUAUCAAGCUCUGUAGGUGAUUUAAUGCCAUUUUAAUCCCAUCCGAUCUCACAAUUUAAAAAAACUUCAUUAUUCUUGUGAAAAAUGAUAGCCGUCUUAUUGAAACUUGAUGACAGGUAUAAGCCGGCAAAGAAAACAGUGCAAAAGCAAUUAUCUGUCACAUCGAUGUCAGCAGCAACAGGAUUAUGACACCUUACAGUCCCCAUACAUUUUCUUAGACUAAAAGUCUAAGAAAAUGUAGGGGACUCUCCGGGAUACUUACAGUACAGACGAUUUGCGUCCCCUCAUGAGCAAACAGGAAGACUUGAAUGAUACCUUAUCGGUUCGUCUAAGUCACACACGCCAAAACCAAUCAAAUUCAAGGUAAGUUUUUGAAAAAGUGAGGCGUUUUUAACUGAUCCAACUAACAUAGGUAGGAAGUAGGUGCCAUAGAAAAGGUAACUGCAGAAAAACACUUUGCGGCACGACCUUUACGAAAACUUUAUUAUUCCGUAAACUCUUCGACUCGAAUGUGAAGCACGAAUCAAAUAACGUAACUGCUUCAUUUUCGAGGCAACAUCACUCUGGUAUUUUGAUUUUCUGAUCGACAAGAAUGGUGAUCAGGUAGCGAUCGCCAUGUUUACCUCAUAAACGUGAUCGCUGACCAGCCGCUAAGUGAAAACAGUACGGGUCAGUGGUGAGGGGCGGGGUGUGGGGUGGGUGCGGGCAGAUUAUUGGAAGAUUUUUGGGAAUAAUCGUACAUAUGCAUUAAAGUAUCAUAAUAAGCAUUAAGACUCAGUCUUAAUGCGAAGGCAUGCUUCGUGUUGCAGACAACUUUUGUUUUGCUUAGUAUUCUUUUUCUUUCAAAUACAUUUCGUUCCAAAUAGGACUGACAUCAAUCCAUAGAGUUCUAAACAAAUCUUUACCAUGUAAAUAAAUGUGCUUAGAUAAUCGAGAUAACCAUUGAACCUCUUGUAUCGCAUCAGAAGUAACGUGUCUUGUCUUUGCCCAACUCUGAGAGCGUGGAGCGGCACAGACGUGAGACACGAGUCUCGCGUCUCGCGGAUUCUCCAUGCUCACAGGAUACGCGUGACUUCACUAUCUUUAAGAAAAAUAAGAGACUGCUCGGAGUCUGUAUUCCGUUCAACCAUUUUAUGAGAGUGACGCGAGUCUUUUCACUUGAGUGAAAAAGUCCCAAACCCAUCCUUAACCUCACGAGCAUAACCACUGACCACUCACGAAUUACAGUAGGCUUCUCCUUUGGCGUGGAAAUUGAAAUUGUAUCGAGUAUACAAAGUUAUAGUGAGUUCCUUUAGAUCUCCCGAACUUGCAUCGCGUUGAAAACAAUUACAAGUACAGGAAGAAGUCGUUUGUUAGCGAGACGUGAACUUACCUAAUUUUCGGCAAUCUCCAAGUUUGGCCGCCCUUUUGAGGGGCUUGUCAACAUGAAGCGUAGCAGAUAUAAAUCAAGCAGGUAAAUCUAAAACCGUCAGAAAUACAUACGAAAGCAAUUCAAAUGAACUGUAUUUUCAAUUCAAGUGGCAAAAUUUGAAAUUGUUAGUUGAACUUACCAUUCUUACAUCCCCAUACGACCAUUUCUUCCAACAAUUCAAACACUACAACUGGUGUUCGAAUUCCUCUCGUCGAUUCCACCGUAAGAAAUAACCUGUGCCACCCAAGCUUCGACUCAAAUGUGAAGUACGAAUCAAAUAACGUAACUGCUUCAUCUUCGAGGCAAUAUCACUCUGGUACUUUGAUUUUCUGAUCGACAGAACCGGUGAUCUGGAAGCGAUCGCCCAUGUUUACCUCAUGAACGUGACCGCUGACCAGUCGUUGAGUGAAAACAGUCUAGCGCGGGGUGGGAUGGGUGGCGGGCUUAUCGUCAUGAGAUAUUCGAAUACAUGCUUAAAAAGCUUUAGGACUCCCAGUCUAAACGGUGAAGGCAUGCUUCGUGGUACAGAAAAUUUUUAUUUCAUUCUCAUAACUUUCUCCUUCAAAUUAGAACUGGUAUUAAUUAAUAGAGUUAUCAAUAUAUAUUUUUAACCUGGGUACCCAUACCCAUAACCUUAAUGUAGUUAAUGUAAGUAUCAUGUUGUAAAAAAAUAAAUAAAAUGAAAUAAUGAAUAAUAAAUUUUAAAAAAAAAGAAUGGGCCGAGACCAAAACAACGUGCUUAAGGUUUGCACACGUUGCAAAUAUGAGCCGGUCAGAUAAGAAUAUUCUACAGGGCGGGAAUCGGUAGUAGAUCAUGAAGAUAAAACGUGACCUGCUCUAAAUAAAAGUUUAAUAGGAUAUCAGUUCAGUGGCAUCGACAUUCUAUCCCUUCACAAUUGAUUUUCUGAGUAAAAACUUCUGGUUACAUUGCAUCUAGUAUAGAUUUACAAGAAUUGUGAAUAUUACCGAAUCAUACGGUAGUUGGAUGACGUUAUACGUUAAAAAAAAAUGUUCUCUUCCAAGUGGCUGUUGUGUUUAUUAUCUAACCCUUUGUUUGUCUCCCUAGAGCCACUGUUUGUGCUGAUCGAAUAUGUUCCUUUUGGGGAUCUGCUGGGUUACCUGAGAAAGAGCCGUGGAUUGAAUGAUACGUACUAUAAAGACCCAGAUAUCAAACCACAUACAAAUUUGACCUCACAGCAGCUGAUUAAGUUUGCUUGGCAAAUCGCUGAUGGAAUGUCCUAUUUGUCAUCGAUACCAGUGAGUGAUGUAACUAUUCUUUGAAUGACUUUCCUGUAGAAUAACACUUUAUCUGUUAUUCAGUAUACCUCACUUUUCAUUGAAUCGUGGACUCACUGCCCAGGAUGUCAUCCCAUGUCAGCUGAGUCACCCUCAAGUCUCUCGUUUCUUUAAAGGGUGUUUUCCAAAAGAAACGUUUUCUCUUUGUAUAAGGUUAUUCAUAGAGAUCUUGCAGCUCGUAACGUGUUGGUUGGAGAGAAGGAAACGUGCAAAGUGACGGACUUUGGAAUGGCCAGAGAUGUGCAGGAGGACAGUAUUUACGAAAGAAAAACCAGGGUAUGAAUGAUUUUAAGAAAACAUAUAAUGUUCUUGUAAGGCUGAAGAUGCCUCACUGGAGUGACUGCUUAAAGGAACAAGCUCAGUAAAUCCUGUUCCGUUCUCAGGAACUUUCGUUCCAGUAGUGUCGCCAUUGGGAGCAUUAGUACUUUUCAAGGACUACGUCAACUCCUUGCUUUUCUGAUUCUUACUCAGGGGCGUCUCCCUGUAAAAUGGACUGCCAUUGAGGCGUUGCUUUACGGAAAAUAUUCUACCAAGAGUGAUGUGUGAGUACAAGGAAGACAUGAACACUGCAGUAAGGCUUAAUGAGAAUGAUUUUGUACGAACUGUUUAAGGUCAGCCAAAGGUUAUUUGAUUACUUUUGUGUCUUGGUCUUUUUAUUUCGCUGGUGUGAGGUCAUCUUAGUGAGGGAUGGCUAUCCUCAUUUUUUUAUGGGCUGUGACUAGGGAUCCACUCCUAUGACCUGUUUACUGUACACGUGUCCUUCCGCACCCUAUCCCCCCUUCCCUUUACUACCGAAGAUGUUUUAAUUACAUUAUUUGCAGGGAAGUAAUGUUUUACUUCAUUAAAUUUAUCCCGUUUGUUUUAUAGGUGGAGCUACGGUGUUCUCCUCUAUGAGAUUUUCACGAUUGGUAAGUUACCAAGAUACUUGUCCAGUAAUUUUAGCCUCAGGAAUUGAGGGAACAGGAAGUCAUGAGGUAAGCAGGGUGUACCAGUCUCUGUAGAAGUGGUUUUUAGUUAUACCAUGCCAGCUUAGAUUGCCACAGUCGCUAGCAUUAGCCCGGAAAAAAAUUACUAAUGGAAAUACAUCUGUAGAGCCUUUCAUUUUAGAGUAUGUUAACAUUACCCGCUCUAUUCAGGUGGUUCACCGUAUCCAAGGAUGGAUGGAAGAAAAAUUGUAAACUUACUUCAAGAGGGAUACAGAAUGCCUAAACCACAACAUGUGGAUGAUAAGUUGUAUGUUAAUAUCGUGUUGUUACUGUUUUCGUGAUGGCUUUCAUCGUAUAGUAGAGUUUGUCCUGCUUUUUGUUUGAGUUGCAUUUGAGCGUUAAGAUUAAAUCAUCUUUACUUGUUGAACCAGCCUAACGAAGGGAAACGAAAGAAGAAGUAAACCAUCACGAGUUGAUCUCUGUUGCAUAAAUCUUUUGUCCUUUUUUAUGAAAGGAUGGAAAUCUUUGAACUAAAAGCUUGUUUCUUAUUAAACUUUUUUUGACGUCCCUUUAGGUAUGACAUAAUGAAAAAAUGUUGGAAAGACGACCCUAACUUGAGACCAUCUUUUAAAUAUUUGAGGAACGAACUCAAAGAAAUGGAAGACCAGCACAAGGUAGAAUUGUAG